GUAGGUAACGUACCUAAGAGCUAAAUUGACGCGCGGCAGUACUCUCAAGGCUUUCAACUUCUAAUCUCACCGGUCAUGACGUUCUAUAACCCAACUACUCACUUCAGUACAAAGGGAAAAGUCCUCGUCAUCCCCGUUGUUUCUGUCGCGAACGUUGCCCAGCUCGCGGCUGAUCUCUUGAUCGCUUCACUUUCCUUGCAUCGCGUAGGCAUAUUCGACCCUAGUAGCUUAGUUCCUGUUGUUGGUGCUCGCGAAGAUGAUCUUCCUGGUAUCACAACACCACUCGAGCUAUUUGGCCGCGAUAACAUCAAUGUCGCAGUCAUACAACAACGCUCUCCCACAUUAAAGUCCUCGAAGCAGGAUUUUGUUGACUCCCUGUUGGAAUUCAUACGUACUUCAGGAGCUUCAGCUGUCCUCGUCAUUGGGGGAGUGGAUAUGUCCAACAGGACUGAUCCUCAGAUGCUGACACCUACCUGUCAGAUUGUCCCACCUGGAACACCUGAUCUGAAUUCUGGUCCAUUGGCCGCCCUCACAACAUUGCCCAUACCGGUCUACACUUCACCCGUUUCCCAGUUCCUGCAUAGCGAUGCAGAAAGGACAGCCAUACCUUUCAUACCGGGCGGAGGUCUAUCCCGUCGAAUCCUUUCCUCACUUUCCGACGCAUGGCAAAUCCCGACUGUAUGUCUCUUGCAAUAUGUCAUGGAGGGAGACAACAGAGCAGACGCUCAGCUCAUGGCAGCUGUAGUAUCCAAGGUAUUGCAGAUAGAAGUUCCUAACUGGAAGCAGCCUAGCAGUUGGGGACAUGGUCUUUUCGGUACCCCUCAUGAUCAAACAUUGUACGGUUGACAAGUGUAUUCUACAGCCUGGUGCAGAUAUUGGUAACAAAAAUCAAGCAAUGAUCCAAAAACAAAUCUACACGCGCUUUUUGGUAGCCUGCGCUGAACAUCAUCAAUGUUUUCCAGCAAUGCCGGUACGAUUCCGGCCUUUUUUCUUGGCGGCUUGAGACAACGACAUGUAAGCAUAUGGAUCCACGCCGCCUUUCUUGACAUCACCACCCGCUUUCU